AUGCCUCGCAUAGCACCCAGAACGACACUACGCUCGAUAUCAUUAUUCUCCAGCGUCUUCGCCACCAGCAGCGGCAAUACCACGAACCCCAAAAUGGACCCAAUAAUACGAAAUUACACACCCAAGAACCCAAACGGAGCAUUUCCAUACUCCAAAGCCGACCUGACACCCACGGAAGCCGGGCACGAUGCUUCAUUCUACACGAUCCCGCGCUUCGUGACGCACAUCGACGACAACGCGAUCGUCAAUUUACGGAAAUACUACGACCAAGUCCUGCCGCGAAAAGGCCGCAUCCUGGAUUUCUGCUCAAGUUGGAUAUCACACUACCCUCCCGAUCUCGCCAAAGCGACUGAGAGCGGCGAUCUCGAAGUCCUCGGCACAGGCAUGAACAAGUCCGAACUGAGCCAGAAUCCCAUCUUGAAAGCAUGGUCUGUCCAGGAUCUGAACGAAGAUCCCAAGCUGCGACUCCCAGGCGACAGCAGCACCACCAGCGGCGAAGACGAACCCAAACUCAUCGACGCCGCCACAUGCGUUGUCUCGAUCGACUACCUGACCCAACCCGUCGAGGUUCUGGGCAGCAUCCGCCAGCAGACGACCACAGGGGGCAAAGUGCACCUAAUCAUUUCGAACCGGUGCUUCCCGACGAAAGUCGUGGGGCGAUGGCUGAAAGUCGACGAGGCACAGCGGCUGGAUAUGGUGGGCGACUACUUGUGGUGGAGCGGGUGGCGAAACAUCGAGAUCCAGACGCUGGUGGAGGCGUCGUGGACAAAGGAUCCUUUGUGGGUGGUGAGGGCGGAGAAUACUGUCGGUGCACAGUGA